AUGAUUUGCGUAAUAAAAAUUAUUCAACGCGGAACAUUCUCCAAUGAAAUAAAAACUUUAGAAACAAAGGGUCGAAUUGACGGGAAAUUAUCGACAUUAAAUCCCUUUUUAGAUUCUGACGGAAUCCUUAGAGUGGGAGGUAGACUCAGCAAAUCCAAUCUCACAUAUAAUCAAAAACAUCCAAUGUUAUUACCGAGAAACCAUAAUAUUACUGAAAAGAUUAUUCAUGAACAACAUUGGAAACUCAUGCAUGCUGGUACGCAAUCUACGAUUAACGCUCUCAGAAACAAUUUUUGGAUCAUCGACAUUAAAAACAAAGUCAAAGGCAUUAUCAAUAAAUGCGUUAUUUGUCGACGAGCUAAACCAAAAUUCCCUGUUUACGUAAUGGGUGAAUUACUGAAAAAUCGUGUUACCUUCGAAAGAGCCUUUAAACAUACUGGCCUUGAUUUUUGUGGUCCUUUUUUCAUUAAAGAAAAGAAACAUCGAAAUAGAGUGAAGGUAAAGGUCUAUGUUGCUAUUUUCGUGUGUCUUUCCUCAAAAGCUGUACAUAUUGAAAUUGUAAGUGAUCUCACCACCGAAGCCUUUUUAGCAUCUUUGAAACGAUUUUUUUCCAGACGAGGAUUAAGUUCAGAUCUUUACUCUGAUAAUGCUACAAAUUUUAAAGGUGCAAAACGCGAAAUCGAUGAAAUUUACGAUUUUUUAAACGAUAACGAAAAUAUCAAUGAAAUCACACGUGAACUUGUGAAUCAAGGCAGAAUAAAUUGGCAUUUUAUUCCGCCUCGAUCCCCACAUUUUGGUGGUCUAUGGGAGGCCGCUGUAAAAUUAUUUAAAUAUCACUUCACGCGUGUUAUCGGAGAAACGAUCUUAACUUACGAACAAUUGACAACCUUUGCAACAGAGAUAGAAGCCAUCCUAAACUCACGUCCAAUAACCUCUGUAUCCUCAGAUCCUAACGAUUUUAUUGCCUUAACUCCAGGUCAUUUCCUAAUAGGUGACUCAUUAACAAAUGUGCCUGAGCAUAAUUUGUUGGACUUGCAGUUCAAUAGGUUAUCUUCUUGGCAACAAGUCCAGCAAAUGAAACAGCACUUCUGGGAUCGAUGGAAUAAAGAGUAUUUGAAUGAGUUGACUGUUCGUAAAAGGUGGCACAAGGGUUUUAUGAAUGAAAUUAAAAUCGGAACACUUGUAACAAUUCGGGAUGAUAACUUACCUCCCAUGAAGUGGACUCUUGGUCGUAUAAUAAAUACUCAUCCGGGAGCCGAUGGCAUUAUUCGCGUCGUAACUGUAAAGACGUCAAGCGGCGAAUACAAACGUAGUAUUAAAAAUUUGUCACCCCUACCAAUCGAUGUGUAA